GCGAUGCUCUUGAUGCCCUGGAUAGUGCGCCGGGGCCGUCAUCCGAUGAUAUUCCGAUGGCGCAUGACGCGCGCCCGGCCAUCACGCCCAAAAAGCCUGCCCGCGCAAUUGACGAAGACGACUACGGCGACGACGACGACGACGAGGAAGACGAAGACGACACCCGCACCUCGCCGCUGCAUUCGAAAAGCGCCAUCAAUGGUACUGCUGCCGCCGCCGCCACCGCGGCGCCUCCCAGCACGCCAAGCCUCCUCCGCGUUCCAUCAACAUCGAACAAGUCAGGGCACGACCGCACAGGCACACCUUCCUCGGACCAUACAAAGUCAUCAGACGAUGUGCGGAAGAAGCUGCAGCAGGAUAAGAAGGCGGCCGAGGAUGCCGCCAAGCGGAGCUUCCACACCCUUUUCUACUCCCUCGAGAGUGAUCGGGAUGCCAUGCUGGAGCAGCAGAAGCUCGACGAACUCGACCGCCAGGUAGAAGCAGAGACUUCCGGCGCGUCUGCCAAUGCUCCAGCUGCCGCCGCCGCUGCUGCCCCCCAGCAGGGCACCUUGAGCACCACCAACCUUGGCGCGUCCAGCCUCACACUAAAACACCUCAUCUCGCGCAUUGAUGCCCAAAGAGACCGGGUGCAUGCGACAGACGCGCAGCUGCGAAGCCUCAUCAGCGAAGUCCGCAAGAAUAGGAGCAAGUGGGCAAACGAGGACCGUGUUGGCCAGGAGGAGCUAUACGAGAGCACAGAGAAGGUUCUCAUGGAGCUAAAGGCUAACGAGCACGCCCACCCAUUCCUCCAACGCGUCAACAAGCGAGAAGCCCCCGACUACUACAACGUCAUCAAGCACCCCAUGGACAUUGGCACAAUGAUGAAGAAGCUCAAGCAGCUACAAUACAAAUCAAAGAAGGAGUUCGUCGAUGAUCUCAUGCUCAUCUGGUCGAAUUGCUUAAAGUACAAUGCUGACCCAAGCCACUUUUUGCGGAAGAAGGCUCUGCACAUGAAAAAGGAGACAGAGAAACUUGUCCCACUCAUCCCCGACAUUACUGUUCGCGAUCGUGCAGAGGUCGAGGCAGAAGAACGGAGAAUGCGUAACGGCGACGCCGAUGCUGACGGUGCCGACGACAGCGAAGAUGAGGAGCCCAUUAUGGCUUCGCGAGGCAGGAAAGCCCCAAGCAAAGGAGGUAAAGGCUCGAGCACAACCAGAAAAGGUCGUCCAGCAGGUCUGGAAGACACACCGGGGCCCGAAACCAAACCACCAGUCCCGUCAUUGAACAACGCCGUCUCCAAUCUCAAGAAUGAAUUCCUACGGGCAGAUUCAGAGAUGGAAGGCAGCGUCAACGGAUUUUCAACGCCCCCGCCUGGCAUAUCAACGCCAUUGGGACCAAACAGCGUCUCGAAAAAUGGCGUGAACGGCAGCCAAGCAGACAUAUCAGAGGCUGAUGGCACUGGUGUCUCAGUCAGUGAUGCUUUGGACGAGGAUGCCGACUUGGAUGAUUUGGAAUACAAAACAUGGAAACAGGUCACGAAGAAAGACCGAGCCAUCAUUGCAUCAGAAAGGCAUCGGUUAUUCCGCGAUGAUCACCUCCAGCCCGACGAGCCGGCCAUCCUGCGGACAAAAGCCGGAAUGCGGAGGUGGUUACGACACAAGAAGCAGGCUAUCGAAGAAGAGUCUGCGAACGGAGCUGCCAAUGCACCAGACGGCAAAGAUGGCGUCCAGACAAUCGCUGGAGAGUCACUCGCCGAGGGCAUCGAAGACGAAGAAGAGCGUCUGGUGCCCGACUACUAUGACCCCGUAUGCGCUGUGCCUGACCUCUCUGAGCGCCUACAAUGGGUUGAAGACGCCGAGGGCCAAGUUAUCCCUCAAGUCGAAGAGUACAUGCGCAUCCUGCCAAAAGGACAGUUUAUCUCGCCAGAUAGUGCGCUGGUGCACAAAUUCAAUGCUAACAACCACACACUACAAGAGACAAGGAAGAUUUGUGCAAAGAUUGGGAUUGUCAAACAAAUGCAGCUUCAGUCGCAACUGUAUCAGAACCAAUUCCAAAGAUACGAGCCACAGCCGUUUAUGGAGGCAGAUGUAGAGCCCAUGGUCACAUCUGAAGAUGGCCCAAUCAUGGCUCCUUAUGUCUGCCGUGCUGCUCUUCAACGAAGCGUUGGCAAGAUUUUCUACCACGCUGGCUUCGAGGAGUUCCAACCCUCAGCUCUGGAUGCUGUCACAGACAUCGCUGCCAAGUUUUUCCAUAAUGUGGUUGCUGGCCUUGAGGUGUACCGUGAGACGCCAAAGAUGAAAUCCGACGUCCCAAUCACGCUUCCCAACGGUCAAACUACUACCUGGACGCCGCGCUUCACACAGGAAGAGGCUGUGCUCCACUCUCUGCAUGCCAACGGUGUGGACUUGGAGUCCCUGGAAACAUACGUCAAAGACGACGUUGAAAGACUUGGAUCGAAGCUUACUGGCAUGCACGAUAGAAUGCGGUCAUACUAUGCCGAACUCUUGCGCCCAGCAAUCGACAAUGCUGGCGCUGACGGUGCCGGUGCUUUCAAUGACGGCAGCGAACAGUUUGUGGGAGGCGACUUUGCCGAAGACAUUGGCGAAGACUUCUUUGGAUUCAAGGAACUUGGUCUUGACAUUGAAUUUGGACUUACUGCCAGUGUACCGUUGCACCUGCUACAGAACAGGGUCCAUAACGCUUAUGCUAGACAAGAUAACAGCAACGUUGCCACCACGGGUGUUAUCAUGCCUGAGCCGCCCAAGUUCGAACCCGUCACUAUUCAGGUGGCUGAGAGCCAAAUUGGUCUUCUUCAAGGCUGGCUGCUUGACAAGUUGCACGACAACAACAGCCAGCCUCUUGUGGAAGACGAUGAUCUUCCACCGAAACAACGCUUCCCCAAGCCUCGUCUGCCGCCUACUGGCAAGAUUUCAAGUCCUCGCAAGCGCCCGCUCAGAGAGCAACAACAGAUGGCGCGUAAGAAGCGCAAGCUAGACGAAGAAAAGGACGAAAACGGCAAUGAUCAAAGCGGUUUCAUGAAAGGCAUCGGCAAACCAAUUGGCAAACUAAAACUUGAACCAGUACAGAAGGAAAAUCACACCGUGCAAGAACCAGAAAAGGAGGAUGGCAGUGCGCAUGGAAUGCCGAGUCCACCAGAAUCAUUCUAGGUGGACCAUCUACUGUUUCCGUUGGCUUAAUAUAACGCCCAGUUUACUCCGACCAGUCGCCUCCCAUAUCUAUCACGUUGCAACGUCGGCUGUGAACCAUCAGAGUUUGCCGUUUUUCUUUAUACAACGAGUAUUUAAUACUUUGGCAAAGCGCUGUUCUUGCCGUUUUCCGAUAACAAACUUGUAGUUCGUCAUGGGUUAUGCCAUUAUUUCUGGAGAUCAUAUUGGUCUAGGCGUUUGUUAUCUUUUUUUACUUUUUUUCACAGCUGACCUUUUGUGUGGUCCAGCGGUUUUGUCUUACUAGACUGGGAGAACGGUGGGACUUGUGUCUG